UCCGAAUUCACUGAAAAUACCAUUGAAAAUACAUGAACAAAAGUUAUAAAAUAAGAUUUAUUUCCAUAAUACUAACUGAAAAAUGAACAUAGAACCAAAUCGGUAAAAAAAUUGUUCAUCAAAGAUCAAAGUGAUAAAAACAAAUAGUUUUAAAUGUUGAUAAGCAGCCAACUUAGAAAUACUAUUAGUAAACUAGGAAGAAAGUGUCGAUUCAACAAUCAUAUUUUGCUUUCAAUAGAACGCAGUAGAGCAAAAGUUACUUCGUGGUGUUAUCACAAUAAUCGUUGCUUAUCAAUUUUAUCGAGUCAUAGUAACUGUAUAGCUCUAUACCGGCUAACAACAGCAUCAAAGUUCAGUGCAUUAUCAGUGAGAAUGGCGUCGACGUGGUCUAUGGGUCCUGGUACUCUGGAAGUGCCCCUUUCUUUGUUUGCUACAAACAGACAGAGACUGGCUGAAAAAUUGAAUCCUGGACAGGUGGUAGUCUUGCAAGGGGGUGAAGAUAUCAACCACUAUGAUACAGAUGUGCAAUAUGUAUUUAGGCAAGAAGCAUACUUCAUUUGGCUGUCCGGAGUGAGAGAGCCAGGAUGCUACUUCGCUCUGGACGUGAGCACUGGCAAGGGACACCUGUUUGUGCCACGCCUGCCUGAAGAAUAUGAAGUGUGGAUGGGCAAACUCCUAUCUUGUGGCCAAUUCAAGAACAUCUAUGGCGUAGAUGAAGUACAUUAUGUCGAUGAGAUACGAGAUGUACUCAAAUCUCUAAAACCGGAAGUCCUUUUGACACUGAGUGGAACUAACACUGACAGUGGUUUAACUGCCAAAGAAGCAGUUUUUGAAGGAAUUGAUGAAUUCAAGGUCGACAACGAAAUAUUAUUCCCGAUAAUCGCCGAGCUUCGUGUCAUCAAAACACCAGCUGAAAUCGAAGUUAUGCGUUAUGUAUGCAAAAUAUCGUCUGACGCCCAUAAACAGGUGAUGCUCCACGCCAAGCCCGGCCUUAUGGAGUACCAGUGCGAGUCAGUGUUCCUCGACCACUGUUACCGCGUGGGCGGGUGUCGCCACGUGUCGUACACUUGUAUCUGUGGCUCAGGGGACAACGCCGCGACACUACACUACGGUCACGCCGCCGCGCCCAACACUAAAAUCAUUGCGAACGGGGACAUGUGCCUGUUCGACAUGGGCGGUAACUACGCGGGCUACGCGGCGGACAUCACGUGCUCGUUUCCCGCCAACGGCAAGUUCACCGACGACCAGAAACUCAUCUAUGAGGCCGUGCUGUUCGCCAGAGACGCGGUGCUUAGAGAAGCAAAGCCUGGAGUCUUAUGGACCGAUAUGCACUUGACGGCUAACAGGGCUAUGCUGGAGCACCUGAAAAAGGGUGGUCUGCUAAAAGGCGACGUUGAGGCUAUGAUCGAAAACGGGGUCAACGGCAUCCUGCAGCCGCACGGUCUCGGUCACUUACUAGGGCUGGACGUGCACGACGUGGGCGGGUACCUGGCGCACUGCCCCCCGCGCCCCGCCGGGCCCCUCGCUCGCCUGCGCACGGCGCGCCGCCUGCUCCCUGCUAUGCUGCUCACUGUGGAGCCCGGCUGCUACUUCAUACCCAGGCUUCUAGACGGAGCUAAGAACAACCCGUCUCAAUCGGAGUUCUUCAACUGGCCCAUGGUGGACAAGUUCCGCGGCUUCGGCGGCGUGCGCAUCGAGGACGACGUACUGAUCACCGAGGACGGCGUGGAGAACCUUACCUUCGUGCCGAGAACUGUGGCUGAGAUCGAAGAUUUCAUGGCAAAUGGAGCCAACUUCAAGUGAAAUGAAUGAUGUAUUGUAUUAAUAAUUAUUUUUCUACUGUAUAUGAAUACAUGUAUAUAAUGUAAAUUAUGUAUAAAUUAAGCUCAAAACUUUGUAAUGUUUUAUUUUGAAGCCAAAAUUAUGUAACAAUAAAUUAUAAUUUUAUCACAAUAAAUGUUUUUUACAUGCAAU